GGGCAGCGCUUCCUGCCCGUCACUUCCCCCGCCGCCGCCGCCGCCGCUCCCGCCGGGCCGCCGCACUCGUGCCCCUGCCCAGGCCCCUGCCGCCGCCGCCAUGGCCAUGAGGCAGACCCCGCUCACCUGCUCCGGACACACGCGGCCCGUGGUGGACCUGGCCUUCAGCGGCGUCACCCCCUACGGAUAUUUCCUCAUCAGCGCCUGCAAGGAUGGCAAGCCCAUGCUGCGCCAGGGAGACACGGGAGACUGGAUUGGCACAUUUCUGGGUCACAAAGGGGCUGUUUGGGGGGCCACCCUCAACACGGAUGCCACCAAAGCAGCUACAGCAGCAGCAGACUUUACUGCCAAAGUGUGGGAUGCUGUGUCAGGCGAUGAACUAAUCACACUGGCUCACAAACACAUUGUCAAAAGUGUGGAUUUCACACAGGAUAGCAAUUAUCUGUUAACAGGUGGACAGGAUAAGCUCUUGCGUAUCUAUGACUUGAGCAAGCCAGAAGCAGAACCGGACGUUGUCAGUGGCCACACUUCUGGCAUUAAAAAAGCCUUGUGGAGCAGUGAUGACAAACAGAUCCUUUCAGCUGAUGACAAAACUGUCCGCCUGUGGGACCGGAGUACCAUGACCGAGGUGAAGUCACUAAACGUGGCCAUGUCAGUGAGCAGCAUGGAGUACGUUCCAGAAGGACAGAUCCUGGUGAUCACCUAUGGGAAGACCAUUGCUUUCCACAGUGCAGAAACUCUAGAGCAGAUUAAAUCAUUUGAAGCACCUGCUACAAUCAAUUCUGCAUCACUUCACCCUGCGAAAGAGUGUUUGGUUGCAGGUGGUGAAGAUUUUAAACUCUAUAAAUAUGACUAUAAUACAGGAGAAGAAUUAGAAUCUUACAAAGGGCACUUUGGUCCCAUUCACUGCGUGAGAUUUAGCCCCGAUGGAGAGUUAUAUGCCAGUGGCUCUGAGGACGGAACACUAAGGCUGUGGCAGACAACAGUAGGGAAAACCUAUGGCCUUUGGAAGUGUGUAGUUCCUGAAGAGGAGAAUGCAGAAGCAGCAAAAGCAAGGACUACCCUUCCAGGAACUGCAGAGGAGGAAAUAGUUGCAGAAGAGAUUGCCUCUGAAAACUCAGAUACAGUGUACAGCUCAACUCCUGAAGUGAAAGCCUGAUCCCUGCAGCUGUUAUGUGGCACAUGGACAUGCGAGACUAAAUCAAGUGAGCAGUGACAGACAGCAGCCUUGCAGAGUGCGCUCCCUGCCGGGGCAAAGAUGGGCAGUAAUUGAUGGGAAUGCGGUGGAACUGGCUAGGUGUUGUCUGUAAGAGAACUCAGCAUCCAAAUAAAAACCCAAAAGACAAGUAGUAGAGUUCUGCUGGCUUUUUGGCAUAACUGCCUACUGUCUUUUCAAAGAAGUGUGCAAGCCAAGGUCCAGUCUCUCCAACCUCAAUUAGACUCAUUGUAGUGUGUUUUCAUUAUUACGAAGAAGAGAUACAAUGGCUUUUACCUUUUUGUUUUUUUUUUUCUUGAAAGUUGGAAAAAUUGGCUCUAGUUGAAACGAAGGGAUUAUGUACUUAGAAGUAUUUGGUUCGGGUUUUGUUUCAUUGUAUGCUGCUUCUGAAUGUUUAACUGUUUUCAGUUGUCUAAAUAAAAUGCCUCUCCAAACUCGUACGUUA